AUGUCAGAACAGCCUCGGCCACAAGACCCGUUCAAAAACAACAUGGAUCUGGGGAACGAAUCUCGGGAGAUGUCAUCGUCGGCAGGAUCUCAAGAAGGGGCAAGCGGCAGCAGAGAUACGGGGACUACUCUCAAAGGCGGAGCUGGGUCCAAGCAAUCGAAACGUGCAACUGCCCAGGACUUGCUACAUGUCAAACCCCCUAACCUCAAGGUCAGAAUACACCGGUGGUUCUUCCUCAAAGGGUUGACCGACAGACCGCAGUUUAUGCAAGAGGUCUACGACAAUAUACCGCGUACCAUAUUCUUCAACUAUGAGAUGCCGAGCACAAUGAAAGACGACCACGGCCACCCCAUCAUUGAAUACCCCAGGAACAAGAUCAGAACUACAAAAUACACCCCGAUUUCCUUCUUGCCCAAAAACUUGCUUUUCCAAUUCACCAACGUGGCCAAUUUUUACUUUCUUUUGAUUGUCAUUUUGGGCGCGUUCCAGAUCUUUGGUGUCCCCAGCCCGGGUUUGGCGGCCGUGCCCUUGAUUGUUAUCGUGUUCAUCACGGCAGUCAAGGAUGCUUUUGAAGAUUACCGGAGAGUUGUUUUGGAUGCAGAGUUGAACAAUAGCCCCAUCCACUUGCUCUCGGGCGUUCAUAAUCCAAAUGUCGAGUCUGACGUUGUUGGCCCUUGGAGACGAUUCAAAAAGGCAUGCUCUAGAGCGACAAGAACGACAUACAAGGGCAUCAAAAAGGGUUGCAUUUUCAUGUGCGGUAGCAGAAGAAAGAAGCAGAACUUUAUGCGAGAACAAGCUCAUGAGAAUGACUUGGCGUUGCGCAGAAUCAGCACCGUUGUUUCGGACUACACCUACCAUUCGGAUCACCCGCGGUAUAGCAUCCACUCGCCCAGGCGCAGCAUGCAAUCUCCAAGAAAAAGCACGCAAUCUAGAAGGAAAUCGGGCCAAAUGAAAAUCCGUACACCAACCGAGCCUGUGCCCAAUUCGUUGGUGAACCCUAGGCUUCAGUCGGAGAAUGAGCAGCAGGGCCACGAUAGAGCCAGCUUCAAGAAUAGGUGCUGGAAAGACGUCAAUGUUGGAGACAUGAUCAGAGUCAGGAACAACGAAGAGAUCCCCGCAGAUAUCAUUGUGAUUUCGUCGUCGGAUGCCGAGGGCAACUGUUAUGUGGAAACAAAGAAUCUCGAUGGUGAAACCAAUCUCAAGCAAAGAAAAGCAUUGAAGUGUGGUGGAAACAAUAACUUGAAACAUUCAGAAGACUUGACUUCUACCAAAUUCUGGUUAGAGUGCGAUGCGCCAAACCCGCAAUUGUACACGUUCAAGGGAACUAUCCAUUAUGAAAAUUACGACGCCAAGGGCAAUCUCGUGAAUGAAGACGAACGAGAGGCAAUUACCAUUGAAAAUGCAUUGUUGAGGGGCACCACUUUGAGAAACACCAAAUGGGUCAUUGGGCUCGUUGUCUACACAGGUAAAGAAUCCAAAAUCAUGCUCAAUUCUGGCAUCACCCCAACAAAGACAUCGCGCAUUUCGCGCGAGUUGAAUCUUUCAGUCGUCAUCAAUUUUUUGCUUGUUUUCAUCAUGUGUUUUGUCUCGGGUGUGGUCAAUGGUGUCUUUUAUCGCAAAACGGACAAUUCGCGAGUGUAUUUCGAUUGGCACCCGUAUGGAUCAACCCCUGCGGUCAAUGGUAUCAUUGCAUUUUUCGUCACCCUUAUCAUUUACCAAUCGUUGAUCCCCAUUUCGUUGUACAUCUCGAUUGAGAUUAUCAAAACCAUCCAGGCGUUUUUCAUCCACUCCGAUGUCAAGAUGUACUAUGCUCACUUGAAUUUCCCAUGUAUACCAAAGAGUUGGAACAUUUCCGAUGACUUGGGCCAGAUUGAAUACGUCUUUAGCGACAAGACGGGCACAUUGACUCAAAACGUGAUGGAGUUUAGAAAAUGCACCAUAAGUGGCAAGUCGUAUGGUUUGGCCUACACCGAGGCUAAACAAGGUUUGGACAAGCGGCAGGGAAUUGAUAUCAUUGACGAGGCCAAUAAGUGGAAGAUUGCGAUUCAAAACGACAAGGACUUGAUGAUGAAGUACUUGAAUGAGUAUUCCCAUAACGAUCAACUACGCGAGGAGGACAUCUCGUUUGUCUCGAGUCAAUACGCCAAGGACACGUUGCCACCAGAGGUACCAAAUGAAGACCAGAAAAUUGCCAAUGAAAAGUUUAUGUUUGCAUUGGCCUUGUGCCACACCGUGGUGACCGAGGAAAAUGCAAUCGAUCCCCAGUUGCGCGACUUUAAGGCUGAGUCGCCCGAUGAAGCAGCCUUGGUUGCCGUUGCCCGAGAUUUGGGUAUCGUGUUCAAGGAGAGAAAGAGAAAGUCCUUGAUCCUCCUGGUUUACGGCCGCGAUGAAGAAUACGAAGUCUUGGAUAUCGUUCCAUUCACGUCGGCGAGAAAGAGAAUGUCGUGCAUCGUCAAGAGCCCCAAGGGAGAGAUUAUGUUGUAUUGCAAAGGUGCAGAUAGUGUCAUAUUCCAGCGGUUGGACCCUCGACUCAAUUCGCAUGAAGUUGUCAGCAAGACUGCGUUGCAUCUUGAAGAUUUUGCCAAUGAGGGUUUGAGAACAUUGUGCAUUGCGUCUAAGCAGUUGGAUCCAUCAUGGUAUAGCCACUGGUCCAAACGAUACAAUGACGCGCUUGCUUCUAUUGAAGACGACCGGGAGGAACUCAUUGAGGAAAUGGAAAACGAAGUUGAGACGUCGUUGGUCUUGCUUGGAGGAACUGCCAUUGAAGACCGUUUGCAAUCGGGCGUACCGCAGUCGAUUUCCACGUUGGGCCAAGCUGGUAUUAAAUUGUGGGUUCUUACCGGUGACAGAAUCGAAACUGCCAUCAACAUUGGCUUUUCAUGUAACUUGUUGGAGAAUGAUAUGAAGCUACUCGUGAUACGACCCAAUGAGGCCGACCCCGAGAAUGCAGAAUACAUCGAUGAGAUGAUUACCAAAUAUUUGCAAGAGAGUUUCCAGAUGGAAGUGUCUAGUGCCGAUAAAGUCGAAAGUUUGAUCAAAGCGGCCAAGAACGACCACUCCAUCCCAGAUUCGCGAUUUGCGUUGAUUGUCGAUGGAGCUGCACUCAGCUUGAUCUUCCAAAACUUUGAUAACCAUCCCAAUGAGAGUGUGCGCACAUUGAGCGACAAGUUUCUCAUCCUCGGCAAGCAGUGUAAGUCCGUCUUGUGUUGCCGUGUCUCGCCAUCUCAAAAGGCCGAAGUUGUCAAGAUGGUCAAGAAUAGAUUGAAAGUGAUGACGUUGGCAAUUGGCGACGGUGCCAAUGACGUGGCCAUGAUCCAAGCAGCCAAUGUUGGCGUGGGUAUCGCGGGAGAAGAAGGCCGUCAAGCGGUGAUGUCGUCGGACUAUGCCAUUGGCCAAUUCAGAUUCCUCACUCGUUUGCUCUUGGUGCAUGGACGAUGGGACUAUAAACGAUUGGCGGAAAUGAUCCCGUGUUUCUUUUACAAGAAUGUCGUGUUCACGUUUACCUGUUUUUGGUAUGGUAUCUACAACAACUUUGACGGGUCAUACCUUUACGAAUAUACUUAUCUUAUGUUUUACAACUUGGCCUUCACCUCGUUGCCUGUGAUUGUGCUCGGUGUGUUGGACCAGGAUGUUUCCGAUACAGUUUCGUUACUCGUUCCUCAACUAUACAUCAGCGGCAUUUUGGGUAAAGACUGGUCGCAAUACAAGUUCAUCUGGUACAUGUUUGAUGGGUUGUACCAAUCGGUGAUUUCAUUUUGGUUCCCCUAUUUGUUAUUUUACAAAGCCUUCCAAAACCCGCAAGGCAUGACUAUUGACCACCGAUUCCUUAUGGGUGUUGUUUGUGCAUGUAUUGCUGUUUCAGCAUGCAACAUUUACAUUUUGCUCCAGCAAAAAAGAUGGGAUUGGCUUUCGCUUUUGAUUUAUGCAAUUUCCUUGCUUCUCGUCUAUUUCUGGACCGGGGUCUGGAGUGUCAAUGCCAACUACUCGGGCGAGUUUUACCGAGCCGGUGCGCAAACCUUGGGCACCUUGGGAGUAUGGUGCUGCAUCUUCAUCGGUACCAUUGCGUGUCUCCUUCCUCGGUUCACUUUUGAUUUCUUGCGUACCAACUUUGCUCCUUCAGACGUUGACAUUAUCCGGGAACAAGUGCGCAACGGCAAAUACGACGACUUCCCCACGGGAUACGACCCCACCGAUGCAGACGACGUUGAAAGACACCGGUUGCUCUGCGAAAUCAUCAACAAGGAUCCACAGCUUUUCGAAAAAAUGGAGGAGGAGUACAAGGAAGAGCACCAAGAACGCGAAAACAAGUUGGAAAAGACCUUUAGUACCAUCAAGCGCAAAACCACGAUAAGCACCCCUCGAUCGAGACAAAACAGCGUCCAAAGAUUGAGAAGAAACACGAUCCAGGACCAGUUCCACAGACAGAUCCCCUUGAAUGUGUUGCGGCAGGAGAUGAUCAACAGCGGAGAGUACAAAACAGCUAGAACCUCGUUAGAGAGAAUAAGCACGUCCCAUGCCGUGCCUGGUGUGACUCAAGCAGAGACAUUGUUGCAGUACCACACCAGAAACAGCAUGAAUAUGAUUCGGGAAUAA